UGACGUCACAAUGCAUCGCUCGGCUACAGUCACUGCAGCGUUAAUGCUGUUGGCUCUUGCAAAAACAGGAUAUGGCCUCGAAUGUGACUUUUGCGAUUAUUACGAAGAAUGUUCGCUCGGGAAAGAUGUACGAGUGGUGACAUGCGAUGAGGAAACGGUCCUAAAGAACAACGACACUCUAGUCAACUUCAUUCCGUCCCUGAAAACGAUCUUGCCAGCCACCUCACAUCGGUACGAGUGUUUCCACGUGCGAGCGACAUCUGUGAGCGGCCACGUGUUUUUGUAUACCCGAGGAUGUGUCCACCAGCUCGAAGGAGAAAGACGCUUUUGUUCCUUGCGCCAUGUCGCCUUCCAGGGAUCGCUCGAGUGCAUCGCUUGCAACGGUGAUCGGUGCAAUAACGUUCCCAUCUCAAUCGACGAGGGGACAGGAUCCGUUGAUACGGUGCGAAGUUCGUUGAUCUCGCUGACAAUCUGCUCAUUACUUGCAGUUUCACUGGGCAGCUUUACAACGAACCCGUACAGCUGAUUAAUAAUGAGAAUAAAAAGCUUCAAACCUACCUGAGCCCA